UUUGCAUCGGCGCGCCACCCCCGAACACAGGGUCUCCGAUUCCCCGCCCCGGUUUCCCAGCACCGGCGUCGAGGGUACUCGCAUCUUCCAGCGUGCUCGCGUUAGGGGCGUGCCCGCCUAGCGACGCACGCACCCGCUGUUCAAGACGGCGCACGCAUCUAGGUUCGCCCCUCUCGGCGGAGAGGAGGAGAAUCUCGCGAUGGAGGCGCUCAAGAACCUGAUUACCAACGUGCCGGACUGGCUCAAGCGGCUCGACGAACUCAACGGGCAGAUCGAGCAGCGCCAGAUCGAAUUGGCCCGGCUGACCGAGGAGACCAAGGCCAGCUCGCCCGACGGAAGAGGCUCGCCCGGCAGCUGCGCCAGGUCCGUGCGGAACAAGGGAUCGACCGAGUCGCUCAAGCCGCGCGACGAGCCCGAGGCACACCCGCGCGACCCGCAACCAUCGUCUGACACCGACAAUGACGCCGAAAAAGCCGCCGCGGCUGCGGCCGGCGCUGCAGCCGCGAGGGCCAGCGCCGCACAACCGGCAGCGCCGUCCAGCCCAUCCGACGCACAAUCGCCAACUGCCCUGCAGGUGCAGACCGCAGGCCGGGCCCGCGCGCGGGCGACGCUCCGCAAGCGACAACGCACCGACUCGAUCGUCAGCGCCGAGGGCGCGACGCCCAAGUACCGCACGCGCAGCAUGAUCAUCGUCUACUACGAUAGCUACGUACAGGCCUUUUUCGAGGACCUCGUCAAGUUCGUCAGCGCCAGCCGCAACAUGAUGCGCAAGGCCAAGAUGGCGGCCAAGGUUGCGCGGAUCAAGCGGCUGGCCGAGCUGGAGAUGCCGGAUGAGGAGGAGGAAGAGAAAGACAAGAAGCCCACACCACCACCACCACCAACAACAACAACAACAACAACACCAGCAUUAGCAGUCGACGACGCGCCGAUCGCAGCCGCCGGCCCCAAGGAUACUACAGCCCAGGAAGAGGAGCCGCUCGCGCUGCCCUUCGUAAGCACACGACGCAUGGGCCCCGGCCGUGCCGGGAUGUAUACGCGCGCCGGCUCCCGCCGGAAUCCCGCCUCCGCCGGCAUGGUCGGCCCAGACGGCAAGCCGGUCCCGGGGGACGUCUACGACGAGCUGGACAAGGGCUUGGACUACGUGCAGAGCAUGUGCGAGCACGCGGCGCACCAGUUCCUGCGCGACGGCGACUGCGGCGAGGAGGUGGCCAACAUCAAGCGCCGCCUGGGCGAAGUCAACGAGCUUGCCGACAAGGAGAUGGAGCGGGUCCGCCGGGAGGAGCCCGAGACGCUGCUCAAGAUGGCCGAGGAGGAGAAUGGCGCGGGGCUGCGCGGGCGGAGCUACCGGCCGCAGAGCAUGCGGCGCGACGUGACCAAGCCUGCUUCUCCUGCUUCUCCUGCUGCUGCUGCUGCUGCUGCUGCGAUGGCAGGUGCGGCGCCGCUGGAGGUGGACGAGGGCGUGCAGGAUGUGGACGGCCAGGAGGCGGCGCCUCAGCUGAUGUACAAGAGCGCGCGGAUGAUGGCGUAGGGUUGGUUGGUGUGGCGGUUGCACCGCGCGAGGCGGGAGUCGGAGAGUUUUCACGGGAGAUAUUAUGCGCGCAGCCGGAUACGGGGUACCGUGGAUAUCUUCCGAAGCGGUUGUGCUGCGUUGCACGAUGUGGCUAUCCUUGUGGGGGGGAGGAGAGCCCUGCGCCAGAGUGUGUUUACGCGGGAGCAAGGUCCCUGGGGGAAAGAAAAGGGCGAGAUACCUCCGCAUCGCCUAUCAUAGUGACAAGAUGGGUCUGCCGCUACGGA